ACUAACCCUAUUUUCGCAGCAGUUCGUAGCGAGUCCCAUUUUUCAACUUGCAUGCGGAUACACACGCACACAUACACUCGGUUUUUCCUUUUCCCAGAAACUGAGGCGCAACCCCCACGAAACGGAAAGUUUGUGCAGCGGCAGAACGAACUGUGUUUGUGGCACUCGAAUUUGGGACACAUUCCUGUAAAGGACGCAGCUCCGGUCAGCUGCUUCUCAAAAUCGACAAAAAGGAGUCACAAAAAACGCGCGCGGUGCAUUUAGCCACAAAUCUCUGAAAGUGAAAAUAUAAAUAUUGAAACAGUGAACCCAGCACCGCAACCAUAAGUGAAAUACACUGAAAACAGUGCUUCGUAUAUGUAAACCUAAGGGAUAGAAAUACGAUUCGGGAAAGGGAAAGCUGCAGCGUUGCUCCUGUUUGCCAAAUAUUGAUUCGCAAGUGUGCCGCUGAAAAAUCGAUUAUUAAAGCCACUUUCCACACAGCUGGUGGUUGUUGUUGCUGCGAGGAUGGAGGUGGUGCCCGAGGUGGUGGUUGCAUAGGGUUGCGUGCCGCGAUGUGGGAAAUCAACAGCAACAUUGGCACAUCCACAUCCAGAUCCAGAGGCACACUUCCAACUGUUUUGACGUGGUCGGGUUCCAAUGGCGCUGGCACUACCGAAUGCUGCAGCGCAGCCUUGCAGCCAUCCAGCGGCGACGCGUUGCAUGUGCAGCAACAACAGCAGCAGCAACAGCAGCAGCAACAUCAGCAGCAACAGCAACAGCAGCAACAACAGCAGCAGCAGGAUACGAAAACGAGGAUGACAACGACCACAGGCAAACGCGGAGUACACAGAUACAGAAGCAAGCUCAGUCACCGAUGCACAGCAACAAUUGCUGCAUAUUAGCCAGCGAAGUAAAGUUAAACAUAACCAUAAAAUAAAAACCAAAAGACUAGC